AUGGCACCUGCAAACACUAUUGAUGAUACUUUCAUCCCCGAGUUCCUCUACCACACUUGUUUAACUGUUGAUGAGCAUGAUGUCCAAACCCUGGAGGACAUUCCUCGACUUUAUGUCCUAGGCAGCCACGGCACACUGGAGGCUGCCAAGAAAUGCGCCUUCAAAGCCCUUGCAACGCUCGGCUAUGAGGAGGCAGACUUUGCUCUCUAUCAGACACGACCACACGGCGUCGAGGAGUGGGAGCACGGCAACGGAACCAUCGUCUAUGCCAAGGCCCCGACUGGUCAAGAGUUCCUCGUCAGAAUUGACACAAAGUUGAACAUCGAGGACCUGCCAGCAUUACCAGACGGGUCGCUCCGUCUCCCCCGAGGUACCGACCACCUCCAUUUCAUCGUCCAGACUCAGAUUAAGUACACUGCCGACCGUGCUAUUUCCUCCGAAAUCCAGGGGGCCUACCUCAAGAGAAACGACGCUCUCGAAGCUGCAAAGUGGUGCCUACUGGAUGAAUCUUCGGACCCCAAGGUCGACUAUGCCCAGUUCGAGAUCAACAAUGACCUGGAACCCAAGGCAGAUUGGCCGUUUGGCGAGGAUGUACUUAUUCACGCUGUGACACACACGGGUGAAAAUUACCUCAUCUCCCUCGUAACCCCUCCGAGCUCCUAUCGAAGGCUUGACAAACAUCGAAAGAAGCGAGGCACCUCGAAUUGA